AUGAAGGUAUCACGGCCUCCCGCAGGUCUCAGAGAGACUCUGCAAUGCGCCUGCACCCCUCGGCCAGCCGUAUUCAAUCGACAGCGAGCAUUCGAGAUCCGACCAAGGCGGUUCACCACCGCUCCGAUUCCUCAAGCGUCAGGCGGGAGAUUUGCAGCAGCGCCAGUGAGGUUUCCCCAGCAGAGGGAGAAUAGAAACUUUCAGCAAGACGACGAUAUUGGUGGUGCGGAUGCGGUGGGGCCCAAAGAUUUAUUCUAUGCACGACUGGUGCCAGCGUCUCGUUCUUAUUUUACAGCCCAGCCAAUCUUCACGGAUGAUCUCCUCUCGCUCCAGCAUCUGGUAGCAAAGUACGCGAACCUACCUACCGUAAAGCCUGGAGAGCAACCUCGGGUAUCGUGGCGAGGGCUCGCGGAAUAUCGAGAUCAGGUCGGCGAAUCUGUAAAAGCAUCGAAAUACCAGAAAAUUGUCAAACUUCUCGCACGGCUCAACCAGAUACAUCCUUCACUAGUACCAGCGGAUGUUCAGGAGGCAAUCAACGAAUACAGGCGUGAUAUAGAUGUCUUCAAGAACGUUCGACGACCAGCACCAGUGGACGGUAUGGGAAGGACUUUAGGUGCCGGACGGAGGAAAUCUGCGACUGCGCGAGCAUGGUUGGUCGAGGGAAACGGUGAAGUUUUGGUAAAUGGAAAGACACUGGUUGAAGCUUUCGGACGGGUACACGACAGGGAGAGCGUUAUAUGGGCGCUUAAGGCUACGAAUCGAAUCGAUAAAUACAACGUAUGGGGAUUAUCACAGGGAGGUGGAACGACAGGACAAGCAGAAGCUUUGACUUUAGCAAUUGGAAAAGCGCUGAUGGCUCAUGAGCCAGCUUUGAAACCAGCCUUGAGACGAGCUGGAGUUUUGACCCGAGACCCAAAGAGAGUCGAGAGAAAGAAGCCUGGAAAGGAAAAGGCCAGGAAAAUGCCCGCAUGGGUCAAGAGAUAA